CGGAGGCGAAGCCUCCUCUCGCUCUCACUCAACUAUGUGAUCGCUUUUCUCCCCCCGCACACACGGACCGUGUCUCUUCUUCUCUCCUCUUCUCCCCCUUUACCUUCCCCACCUCAUAUUCUCUCUCCUCCGCGCGCAGCUCCCUCCCUCGCCUUAAAAUAGGGAAACGGCCUUUUCACGGAGGAAAGUUACUUUCUUUAAAAAAAAAAUAGUUUGAAGUUUACUUUUACUUUUUUUUUUUUUUUUUUUAAUCGCUCGGACAUGACUACCAUGGCAUCUCCGGCCGCUUCGGCUCUGCUCCCCGCCGCUACACUCGGGCACCACCCGGCGCCGAGUUCCGUCUCUCCGGCCACCGACUCCCCGCCGCCGCCGCCGCCGCCGCCGGCCGCUUCCUCGCCGGCUCCGACGGCGGCGCACCAGGCGCUGCUCCACCAGUUCAGGGCGGACCUCCUGCUGGCGAACGGGACCCCGUUGAAAAACGGCGGAGCUCCGGUGUCCAGCGGCGGCAAGCCGGUGUACGCGACCCCGUCGCCCGUGGAGAGCACGCCGCAGAACAACGAGUGCAAACUGGUGGAGGUGAAAGGUGCCAAGCUGGCUUCGUUCACGGUGAAGGACACGGAGCUCAUCUGCCUGCCGCAGGCGUUCGACGUGUUUCUCAAGCACCUGGUCGGCGGGCUCCACACCGUCUACACCAAGCUGAAGCGCCUGGACAUCGCCCCGGUGGUGUGCAACGUGGAGCAGGUCCGGGUGCUGCGGGGGCUCGGGGCCAUCCAGCCCGGGGUGAACCGGUGCAAGCUCAUCUCCAGGCAGGACUUCGAGACGCUCUAAAACGACUGCACCAACGCGAGUUCGAGGCCGGGACGACCGCCCAAGAGGCUGCAGAGUGCGACAGAGGGCGGGACUCACCACAUGCUGUCCCACAGCGGUCUGGUGCAUGCUGGGAUCAUACCUCCUGCAGAUCUGUCGGCCCUGGCCAAGAAGAUCAAGCUGGAGGCCCUGGCCAGUUACCACAGCAACCAUCAACAUGGCGGGAUUAACGGGGAGAACGGCGAUCACGGCCACGGACUGGUUCUGGAUCAGUUGCCCUUCAUGAUGAUGUCCCAUCCUCUGAUUCCUGCCAGCCUGGCGCCGGCCUCCGUUUCCAUGGCGAUGGGCCAGAUGAACCGACUGAGCACGCUGGCCAGCAUGGCGCAGCUCCACGCCAAGCCCCCCCCCAGGGCUCCCACCUCCGUCAUUAAGGAGCGAGUGCUGGACAGCCCGUCCCCCUCUCCCUCGUUGGAGGAAGCGCAGAUGUCCUCCAAUCACAGCAGCAGUGUGUCCAGUUCACCGUCCCACACAGAGCGUUCUGGGGAAACCACACACCCACAGGAUGACGGCCUGUCAUCAAGUCACAAUGUGUUGGGGCACUCGCCCGACGGGACCUCAAUGGAGUACAGCAAGGAGAACAAGAGGAGCCACGCCGACAGAGAGAACAGCUCCUUGGCCGCUCACACAACCAGGCAGAGCUGUGAUAGACAAGUCUACCAGAAACCCCCAUCAGGCUGUGAGAGGGUAUCUUACCCCGCAGGACAGAAGCUCCCAGCAGGUCUCCACCACACUCCCUUCAUCUUCCCGGAAGGCCUGUCCUCCAUAGAGACCCUGCUCACCAACAUCCAGCAGGGUCUGCUGAGGGUUGCCAUAGAGAACGCCCGGGCCCAGGAGAAGCAGGACCAGAUGGAGAGGACGGAGCUGAAAAUGGAGCUGGUCCGAGAGAGGGAGCUGAGGGAGACGCUGGAGCGGCAGCUUAGCAUGGAGCAGAAAAACCGAGUUCUGAUCCAGAAGCGCCUGAAGAAAGAGAAGAGGAGUAAGAGGAGACUACAGGAGGCCUUGGAGGAGGAAGUCAAACUGCGUGAUCAGGCAGAGCACACCCUGCUGCACACUGCCAACACACACACAGGCCAUCAAUCAUCGGCAGCCCCGCCUCACGCGGAGUCUGUGACCCAGGACGUGGACGGGAGCAAUCACAAUGACAACAGGAUGGACACCAAGGCAACAGUACAAGAGGGCAGAGUGUUCUUGCAGACAUCCGGGAUGUACUGAAGACGAGGUGGAAGCGCGGACGGAUGAAUGGACGGAUGAAUGGAAGAACGGAGUGAUGAAGAUUUUCUCAUUAAUGAGAAACAAUACAAUAGACAGGCAUGCUUGGCAGCGCAGUGGAAACCCGUGAUGGACAUAUCCGCCCCCCCCCCCCCCCAAACUGGACUCCCUUACAUUUCAAGGGUGACAUUUGAACUUUUCCAUUGUUCUCUCAUUUAAUUUAUUGCAUUUAUCACCAAAUCUCGGCCGUAGUGGAAACAGUACUUCAAUCUGAUGAUGUGUUUGACCGUGUUUCUUUUAAUCAAGGUUUUUAGAUCCUAGAUGAAGACGACCAUAUCUGUUUUUUUGUCAGUGUUGGUUAUCUGGACACGAGAGUUGUGUACAUAUACAAUAUAUAGUUAUCAUUUUUGUUAUUAUUAUUAUUACUAUCACAAAAACAUAUUGGCAUGUUGUACAGUCAGUAAAGGACGUAUUGUGUAUGUUAUGCAGUAGUGCAGUUUGACAAUACAAACAAUACAAAUUCUUUUUAUCAAA